CUUUCCCCUCCCCCACCCACGGACCUCUCCCGCUCGCUCGAGGAUCGAGGCCGUGUCGGCAGGCCCCUGGAGGCAGCGCUCGAUUUGCAGGCACUCCACCCGCGCCGUAGUCGCUCCCACCCCCGCCCCCGCUGCAAGAUGCCCGACCUGCCCGCGGGCUCGGUCUUGCGCGCGGCGGCGGCGUACCACCGCUGCCCCGCCCUGCUGGCACCGCCUGGGGCCACCGCUGGCGCCCCCGGCGGCCGCCCUGCAGCUCUCCCCGGCGGCCCCGCCGCCGCGCCCGGGCGCCCCGCGACCGUGCCGGCGCCCGCGAGUGCACCAGCGGCUGCGGGCGAGGCAGGCCGCCGCGCGGGCGCGCCGCCGAGGUGCCACGCGGGGCCGCCGGGCCGGGCCGCAGGCCCGGCGGCGGCGGCGGCUGCCGCCGCCACGCCGGGAGGAGCGGUCGCGGCGGCCACCGUGCUGGCAGCCCAGGCGGACUGCCACGAGGCGUGUGCGUGCCGUGCGGGCGGGCACUGUGCGGGGCGAGUGCGCAGGGGGCCGCUCGAGGGCGCGAGCGAGUUCGGCUACGAUCCGAGCAGAGCUUGUCAGGCUGGCACCAUUGGGAGCUGCUUGCAGUCGUUGUGUCGCGAGGACUCCCAGCACGUGGUCAUCGUGCGGCGGGUCAACGCCCUGGGCUUUGAGACCUCGAGGGCUCUGGCGACGCACUUCUCCGCCUUCGGGCGGGUCAGGAGGGUGCUGGUCACGCAGUCGAAGGUGGUGGCGCCGAGCGGCAGGUCUCGGACCCGACCCGGGGGCAUCGCCUACGUCGUCAUGGCGGAUGCCGAGAGCGCCGGGCGCAUCCUGCAGGCAGGCCCACAGCAGACGGUCGCCUCGCGGAGCAUCGCCGUGGAGCCCUACGCGCCCCUCGGCGGCGCCGCGGCCGCCGCCGCGCGCGGCGGCAGCAUCUCGGCCGCGGCAGUCUGCGCCAGCUCGGGCUCACGCCUGCUCGGCACGGAGGAGCACCCCCGGCUCCCGGACGCGCUCUGCGGCGCGUGACCCGCUGGCACGGCGGGGGCGCCCUCCUCGAGGCGCCCCUCCGAGGUGCUCCUCCCUCCCCUCCUCCUGCCUCCUGCCUCCCUCCUCGCUCCCUCCUCCUGCCCCCUGCCUCCUGCCUCCUCGAGACGUCCUCUCGGAGAGGGGGGGGCCUCUCCUCGAGGCAGGGGAGCCAGGGGGCGCAGCUGGCCGUGGGCUCCCCUGCCUCGAGGAGGGCCUCCCGAGUGGGCCGCCGGCUCCCUGCCCCCAAGGGCGGGGGCGGUGCGCAGAGCCGGGGAUUUGGCGCAGAAGUUCUGCCACCCCGUGCCGACGUUUGGCACCUUCUGUGAGCAUCUGUGAACUUACCGCGCCCGUCACCACGCCUCGGUGCCCGUCCUCCGUUCUCUGUCCCCCGUCGUGCGGCCGCCGCGCGGCUCGGCAGCCUCUGGGUGCCGGUGGCUCGCGCGAGCCUGCCCGUGCAGGUGAGCCCGCCAUCCUGCUCGUACGAGCUGGGACCUCGUGCUCUGCUCCUCUCCCGUCCGAAUUCCAUGCGAGGGUCGCGAAGCGCCGGGAGGCACCGUUGGCAAGAGCGCUUCCACUGCCUCGUCUCCUCUUUUCGCACGACUCCUGAGGUUUUGGGUGCGCCGCCGCACGGGCGCCAGGAGCGAGGACGUCCUAGCAUCGCUUUCCUUCAGGAGCGCGUCGCAGUUGGUUGCUCUGAAUUUAUGGACUUGGAGGUAGCUCGGCACUGGCAUCGCCACUGGCAGCUGCCAGUGCAGUCAGGCUGCCAGUAGCACCCUGACUUUCCUCUGGACCAUGACGCUUCAGCUACUUGAAGCAUAUUGGUUUCAACGUUUUUCCGUGCCAUGACCGUGCGGGGGCUCGUCAGCUCGCAAACCAAACGUCAUGUAAUUUGUUUGAGGGACUUGUUGGAGCUCGUUGGAUGCUACUUCCAAUUAUCUGAAACCCCAGUAAUCUGUUGGCAAUAGCAACGCCUUUGCCAUCGCUUCUGUGUCACGUGGCGACACGACGCAUUGCUUCCAUGCUCAUGUUUUUUAUCGAGGAGGAUGUGUGUGGAGCGGCACUUGGAGCGCUCACGGCGAGACGAUUGCAGGCCGCAUGUCGCCGGAUCACUCCUGAAACAGAGCCCAUUCGUCUGAUUCGUCUUAAUUUUUUCAUGGGGCUAUGGCCCUACGCAGGUUGCAACGUUAGCAUCCGAACUGGCAAAUAUGAUCUGCAACUUUACGAACCAUGCUGCAA